ACAAAAAUAUGUGAAAAAGGAAUCUCCUCUCCUUCUUCUUCAUCUUCUUCCUCCUCAUUCUCUCUACAGUCUUUCUAUGUCUUUCCUUGCAGACAUGUCUAAAGGACCGGGACUCUUCUCGGAUAUUGGCAAGAAAGCCAAAGAUCUGUUGACAAAGGAUUAUAUCUCUGACCAGAAAUUCUCGGUUUCUUCUUACAGUCAUGCUGGUGUGGCCAUCACAUCAACUGCUGUGAAGAAAGGAGGGCUCUCAACUGGAGAUGUAGCAGCACAAUACAAGUACAAGAACACUUUAGUCGACAUCAAAGUUGAUACAGAAUCAAAUAUCUCAACAACUUUGACUUUUACUGAGGUGGUCCCAUCAACAAAGACCAUUACUUCAUUCAAAUUUCCUGAUUACAAUUCUGGGAAGCUGGAGGUUCAGUAUUUCCAUCACCAUGCAACUUUUACUACUGCUGUUGCUUUGAAGCAAUUACCUGUUCUUGAUAUCUCCCUUACUAUUGGUGCUCCAACAUUUGCUAUUGGUGCUGAGGCUGGAUAUGAGACUAGUUCUGGUAACUUCUCCAAGUAUACAGCUGGAAUCAGCAUUACCAAACCAGACUUUUCUGCAUCGAUAAUUCUGGAAGAUAAAGGAAACUCAAUAAGGGCAUCAUAUGUGCAUCAUUUAGAUAAACUGAAGAAAAGUAGCUCAGUUGCAGAGAUUGCCAGAACAUUGUCUACAAAUGAGAACACAUUUACCUUUGGUGGAUCGAUAUCGAUUGACCGACUAACAGUGGUGAAAGCAAAGCUUAACAAUAAUGGAAAGCUCGGAGCGUUAUUGCAGCACGAGGUCUUGCCAAAAUCGCUUGUUACCAUCUCUAGUGAGUUUGACACCAAGGCCUUAAAUAAGUCCCCAAAGUUCGGUUUGGCCCUAGCUCUCAAGCCGUGAUCAUGACAUUAUGUCGCAAAAGAACAACCCUAAUUGACCAAAAUUGCAGAUUGAGAAAAGAGAUGAAUAUUCAUUCAUUCAAUAUGUUGUUAUUGAAUGCUGUCCACCUUAGAAUCUAGAUGAAAAUUCAAUUUUGCUUUCUUUUUAAUUUGGUUCCAAUUGUUAUAUUUCUUCUCCUGCCUCAUAUUACUAAUUGUUUUAUAUCUUAAAUAUAAUAUUCAUAUAAUUGAACUAUUAAUCAAUUAUCAAAAUAAUCAUUUGUUUCUUGUUCA